GCCACUUCCGGCAGAAAGGUGAAGGUCAUUGUCUGUCAACAAGAGUGCACACUAAUUUCCAGCAGACAAAAUGACUGACUCCAAGUACUUUACCACCACCAAGAAAGGUGAAGUGUUCGAACUGAAGACAGAAUUGCAAAGUGAUAAAAAAGAGAAGAAGAAAGAGGCUGUCAAGAAAGUGAUUGCCAGCAUGACUGUUGGGAAAGAUGUCAGUGCUCUCUUCCCUGAUGUGUUGAACUGCAUCCAGACUGAUAACUUGGAAUUGAAGAAGCUGGUUUAUUUGUACCUGAUGAACUAUGCCAAGAGUCAGCCAGAUAUGGCCAUUAUGGCUGUUAAUACAUUUGUCAGGGAUUGUGAAGAUUCUAACCCUCUGAUUCGAGCGCUGGCUGUCAGGACAAUGGGUUGUAUACGAGUGGACAAAAUUAUUGACUAUCUCUGUCAGCCAUUGAGAAACUGUCUGAAGGAUGAGGAUCCCUAUGUCAGAAAGACUGCCGCUGUAUGUGUAGCCAAACUACAUGAUAUCAACGCCCAGCUGGUGGAGGAUCAAGGAUUUUUAGAUCAGCUACGAGACAUGUUGUCAGAUUCCAACCCCAUGGUGGUAGCUAAUGCAGUAGCAGCAAUUUCAGAGAUCCUUGAAUCCUCACCUACAGCCCAGCAAGUGCUUGAAAUGAAUUCCAGCACUAUCAACAAACUGUUGACAGCUCUUAAUGAAUGCACAGAAUGGGGACAAGUUUUUAUCCUGGAUGCCAUAUCAAACUUUACACCAAAAGACGACAAGGAGGCUCAAAGCAUCUGUGAGCGAGUGACCCCCAGACUGGCCCAUGCUAAUGCAGCUGUAGUUCUCUCAGCUGUCAAGGUCAUCAUGAAGUUCAUGGAGAUGUUGGAGGUCAACUCAGACUACAUCUCCACCUUGGUCAAGAAACUAGCACCACCACUGGUCACUCUGUUGUCUGCUGAACCAGAAAUCCAGUAUGUGGCACUCAGAAACAUCAACCUGGUGGUCCAGAAACGUCCAGAGAUCCUGAAGAAUGAGAUGAAGGUUUUCUUUGUGAAAUAUAAUGAUCCAAUUUAUGUGAAACUGGAGAAACUGGACAUCAUGAUUAGACUGACUUCUCAGGCCAAUAUUGCCCAGGUCCUGGCAGAACUCAAAGAGUAUGCUACAGAAGUCGAUGUAGACUUUGUGAGGAAGUCAGUGCGAGCCAUUGGGCGCUGUGCCAUCAAGGUGGAGCCAGCUGCAGAGAGAUGUGUCAGUACUCUACUUGACCUUAUACAGACCAAGGUCAACUAUGUUGUGCAAGAAGCCAUUGUUGUCAUCAAGGACAUCUUCAGGAAAUAUCCUAACAAGUAUGAAAGUAUCAUUGCCACACUGUGCGAAAAUCUGGACACACUGGAUGAACCUGAAGCAAGAGCUUCAAUGAUCUGGAUCAUCGGUGAAUAUGCAGAGAGAAUUGACAAUGCAGAUGAACUCUUAGAAAGUUUCCUUGAAGGAUUCCAGGAUGAAAACACUCAAGUGCAACUGCAAUUGUUGACAGCCAUUGUGAAAUUAUUCUUGAAAAGACCUACAGAUACACAAGAUCUCGUACAGCAAGUGCUGAGUUUGGCCACCCAGGACAGUGAUAACCCUGACCUUCGCGACCGAGGCUACAUCUACUGGAGGCUUCUGUCUACUGACCCAGCUGCCGCCAAGGAGGUGGUGCUAGCAGAGAAACCACUCAUCUCAGAGGAGACUGAUCUCAUUGAACCAACAUUACUGGACGAGUUAAUCUGUAAUAUUUCCAGUCUGGCCUCUGUGUAUCAUAAACCUCCGAAUGCCUUUGUAGAGGGUAGUAAAUCAUCUUUUAGGAAAAUCCUCCCACCAAGAUCCCAGUCAGGAAACAUUGGGGAGGAUCAACCAUCUCCUCCUUCUGAGACCCCAGCAGCUCCUCCCCAGGCAACAGUCAUACCAGGUGUGGACUCUCUUAUUGGGGACCUCUUAGACAUGGAUCUUGGGGGACCUUCCAUGCAGCAGCAACAAAUGUACCCUCCCCAGCCCACCUCACAAACUCCAGUGCAGGGUGGGGGAAGUAUGGAUCUCCUUGGAGAGGGUUUGGAUUCCUUGCUUGGAGGGCCUGCCCCAGGCGGGGAUUCUUUAGGAGGAUUGGGGGAUAUAUUUGGUAUGCCAGCUCCACAGUCAUAUGUUCCUCCACAAGAAGUAUGGUUACCAGCAUCCAAGGGUAAAGGUCUGGAAGUGACCGGAACAUUUCAAAGAAAGCAGGGAAGUAUAUACAUGGAAUUGACGUUUGCCAACAAAGCAAUGCAGCCAAUUACAGGAUUAGCUAUACAGUUUAACAAAAAUAGUUUUGGUCUGAUGCCUGCAGCCCCAUUAAACAUUCCUUCAGCAUUACUUCCUAACCAGAGUACAAGUUACUCCUUACAGUUGAGUACCAUGGGUCCAGUCCAAAGAAUGGAUCCACUCACAAAUUUACAGGUGGCAAUUAAGAACAACAUAGAUGUGUUUUACUUCAGUUGUUUAGUUCCUAUGCAUGUAUUGUUUGUGGAGGAUGGAGAAAUGGAAAAACGAGUAUUUUUAGCAACAUGGAAAGACAUUCCAGCCCAAAAUGAAGUCCAACAUGAGAUAUCUAAUGUUCAGCAUAAUGCAGAUACCAUAUCACAGAAGUUAAAGAACAACAAUGUAUUUACGAUAGCCAAACGAAAUGUGGAAGGACAAGACAUGUUGUACCAAUCUCUCAAACUGACCAAUGGAAUCUGGGUACUGGCAGAAUUAAAGAUACAACCAAACAACCCAAAUUUUAUGUUAUCUCUAAAAGCAAGAGCAAUGGAUGUAUACUCGGGAAUACAGCAAGCUUUUGACACCAUACUUCACAACUAAAGACUAUACUGGAGAACAUUUAAUCUGAGGGCAUGUUAAUGUGCAUUUAUAAACCUCAACUUAGUACCUGUGCGCUUGGUGUUGUGAUAUUAAAAAGAUAUCUAAUACUUCUGAGGACCUUGUCAUUUUACUGAACAUGUGCACUUGCUAUUGUGGAAAGGAACAGACAUAAACUUUUGUCAUUAUAAAUUAUGUGACUACUACUCACAAUGAAUUUUUAUUGUAAAAUGGAAUUAUAUAUACAUAUAUAAAUUAUUUGAAUAUU